GAGCUGGAUUCGCUACUUUCAUUCGGCUCACUGAGGUUUCAACUAGCGACACAAGCGGCUGUCUGUCACUUUCACCUGCUGAAAAUGAUCCUCAAAUUCACCUGUCUGCUCGGAUUGCUGCUCUGCGGCUGUCAAGCUGUGCUUCAGGUGUCGAUAUCACUCAAUAAAGUGGAGCUGAGUGUCGGAGAGUCGAAGUUCUUCACAUGCACAGCCAUCGGUGAGCCGGUCAGCAUAAACUGGUUCAGUCCUCAAGGCGAGCGCAUCGUCUCAAACCAGAGAGUGAUCGUCCACACGGAGGGUGUGCGGUCCAGGCUGACCAUCUACAACGCCAUCAUCGAGGACGCUGGGAUAUACCGAUGCCAGGCUGUGGACGCCAAAGCACAGAGUCAGGAGGCCACGGUGGUGCUGGAGAUUUACCAGAAGUUGACGUUUCGCGAGGUGAAGACGCCGCAGGAGUUUCGUCAGGCCGAGGUCGCCGAGGUCAUCUGUGAUGUCAUCAGUUCGCCUGUGCCAGCCGUGUCCUGGUUCUACAAGAACAGAGAAAUCACGUCCGAACACAACAGCAGAUUUCAAGUCCUUCCCACCAACAACCUGCAGAUCCUGCGCGUGAGCAAAGCCGACGAGGGUGUGUAUCGCUGCGAGGCGCGCGUGGAGGCCCGAGGAGAGAUCGAUUUCAGGGACAUCGUGGUGCUGGUGAACGUUCCUCCGGUUCUGUCCGUGCCACAGCAGUCCUUCAACGCCACGGCAGACUACCAGGAGUCGGUGACGUUCACCUGCAUCACCUCCGGCUCCCCCGACCCUCAGGUGACCUGGUACUGGAAGGGUCACGUGAUCGAGCGUUCGGAGCAGUAUGUGUUGAACACUCUGGAUGGGGGCAAAAGCACGCUGACCGUUAAAAACAUCGGUCAAGGGGACGGAGGACCGUACAUCUGUCGCGCCACGAACAAGGCCGGGAGCUCGGAGAGUCAGCUGAUCCUCAAAGUGUUCGUCCAGCCUCACAUCACUCAGCUGAGGAACGUGACGGCCGUGGAGGGAAACGCUGCGAUGAUCUCCUGUACGGCUGAAGGAGAACCGUUGCCUGAGAUCUCCUGGAGGAGAGCCAGUGAUGGACAGACCUUCACAGACGGAGAUAAGAGUCAGGACGGCCGUGUGGAAGUGCGUGGACGGCACGGAAAAUCCAUGUUGACCAUCAGCGGCGUUCGACUCUCAGACUGGGGCCGGUUCGACUGUGAAGCUCUCAGCAGGAUCGGAGGUCAUCAGAAGAGCAUGUUCUUGGAUAUCGAGUAUGCGCCGAAGUUCCAGACUAAUCAGACCAUCUUCUACUCAUGGGAGGGAAACCCAGUGAACAUCAGCUGCGACGUGAGGGCCAAUCCUGCAGCCACGAUGCUGUGGAGACGAGACCGCUUCACCAUCUCCAGUCAAGGGACCAGCAACAUUCGCAUCCACACUGCAGAGGGACGAUCGCUUCUGGAGGUCACUCCAGUGUCCGACAGGGAUUUCGGACGCUACAACUGCACCGCCAGGAACAACAUCGGCGCUCGAUACCAGGAGUUUAUACUAGCACAGGCAGAUGUCCCGUCGAACCCGUACUCCGUGCGUCUCACUGCCGUCUCCCAGCGUCUCGCCACCGUCUCCUUCAUGAAGCCCGACUCGCACGGCGGCGUCCCCAUCAGCUAUUACAUCAUCAACAUCAAAGACACGAGCGCACAGGAUUGGAGGACAGUGAGAUCACAUGGUGUUCAGACCACAGUAGUUCUGGCCAGUCUGGAGCCCAACACCACGUAUGAGGUGCGAGUGGCGGCGGUCAAUGGAAAGGGUCAGGGUGAAUUCAGCCACACAGAAUCCUUCCAGACGUUAGCCAUCCGCGAGCCGAGUCCUCCGACGGUUCACGGACAGAGAGGAGUCGGGAAAGCCUACAGACUCGGACUGAUCAAACAGGACGACGGUGGGAUGCCUAUCGUCGAGUACAUCCUGAAGUAUAAAACGGAUAAAGAGGAGCAGUGGAUGACGAAGCUGGUUCCCGGGAUGAAUGACUUCGCUCUUCUUCAGCCGCUUCAGUGGAACACGCGCUACAACGUGGAGAUCACGGCGCGCAACGUCAAGGGCCUGUCGGAGCCCACCUUCUUCCAGUUCCUCAUGCCACAGAAGCCCGACAUCACAGCAGAUUCGCUGUUCAGUGGUCUGGGUCUCGGCGCUGUGGUGGGUCUCGGACUGGCGGCUCUUCUUCUCCUGCUGGCUCUGGUGGACGUCGGCUGCUUCUUCUUCAGACACUGCGGUCUCCUCAUGUUCAUCAGCCGCAAACUCUGCAGCAAGAAGACCACGACCAGCGGCAAGAGCAAAGAGCUGGAGGAGGGCAAAGCCGCGUACCUAAAGCUCCCGCUGAAGGAGGAGAACGGUAAAGAGGUUCUGAAGCCGGAUCUGAUCGAGAUCAAGGUCCACUCGGACAACAGCCUGCACACGAAACAGGACGACAGCAAAGCGUAAUGCGAACUGAGACCACAAAAGAGAAAAGAAAAGAGAAGAAAAAAAAGAAAAGAAAUCAAUCUUCUUCACUAAUGUAAAUAUGUUCAAAUAUAAACUGAGUUUUUUUUGUGAUAAAUCUACUGUUGUUUCUAUUCGCGCCGGCUCCAGCACU